AUGUCGCCGGAGCUCGCAUGGACGGUGCUUCUCAAGCACAUGGACGAAGCAUCGCAAAGUCGGGUGUUUGUGCGUCACGUGCAUCGUCACCCGGACGACAUCUCGUUGUUGCCAUCGUGGAAGGAGUUCAUGCAACACGACUCUGAGGGUUCUGAUCAUUUACUAUAUCUGAAUGUUCUCGCGCUGUCUCUUCUGGACACAUCACUUCUUCAUACGCAUGAGCCCGGGACCUACUGCUAUAACGCGCCGUCGUACGGUCCUGUUCGCAUAGUUCGAGAUGAGGAAGAGGACGAAGGCGAGGACGGUUGUGAGACGCUCCAGAUCCAGGUCCAAGAUGCAAGCGACCACUACGAAACUCAAAAAUGCACCAAGGUCAACGGUACAUUUUUACAAGACGUGGAGUAUGCAGCCUUGAAGCUUUCUGUCGACUUAUGGCUCGUUGUGGAGGUGAUUGGGAUGCAGCAGAUAGCAGAGUACACGGCGCUGGUAGUAGUUAAACGAGGAUGUAUAUUUCCUUCGUCGGAUUCGCUGCUUCCCGACCGAUAUGUGCUGGUCGUGCACUUGUCGGACGAGCAAGCUGGAGCGUGGUUGAUAGAUAUAGCUACAAGGGCUACUAGUAGUGCCAAUCUAUAGAACAUAAUUACAG